AUGAUUAAUUUGUAAGCAAUUGUUAGUUUGGAUACAGGGGAUAAAAUAGAAUAGAUUUGUAUUUAUGAUGGUGAUGAUAUUGAACUAUUGACCUAAUUUUUUUGUGAUAGACAUCAAAUUAAAUAAGAAGGAAAAUAAUUUAUAAUUACAGAGAUCAAAAGAUAGCUAAAAGUGCCAGUAUUAAUUUGUUUUAGUUUUUCAGGCAAAAACUCGUCAUACUUCUAUCCUCUCUUUAAAUACUUAACAACUUGUAUAAAAAUUAUAUAGGAAUAAAACAGGUAUCAAAUAUAGUAAUAAAAGAGACCGAUGUUUUUGAAUAACUUUAUGCAGAUGCUCAUAAUUAGAAAAAAAGAUUGACAACUGCUUUAUAAGAAUAUGAUCAAGAAUAAAAUUAAAUAAAUUAUGCAAUACCAAAAAUUAAUGAAAUAUCUCGUUUAAUUGUUAAAGAAAGAGGUAAUUCUGCAGAUCCUAUUCAUUCGAAAUUAUAUUAAGAUGCAAAAUUGCUUGAAGGAAAAAAAAAAAUUUUGAGAGAAAGAGUAAUGAGUUAAAUAUAUCCAUUUCAUCCAAAUGGUGGUUUAAUCUUUGCCAAAAAACCCUCGAAAUAAGAACAGCUCUAUCAUGCAGAAAAAUUAAUUGAAGAAUAAAAUAAUCGAAAAUUGAAGUUAUAAUAAAAAAGAUUAGCAUAAGAGUCAAAUUUUAAAGAUAAGGUUACAAAUUAACCGUAUUUUAAACCAUUAAUUAGAAAAGAUUAAACAUUUAGAUUAGUUAAGAAGAAAGUUGAAAAAUAAGAUUAGAUAUUAGCCUAAUUAAUUACAAAUAAAAUGAUAACAUUAAAUAACAAAAAUGAUAAUAAUUUUCAUAAAUAAAAAGAUGUAAUAAAUGAUGUUAGUUUUGUUGAAAAAAUAUUUAAGUAAUUAGAUUCAGAUAGAGAUGGUUUGAUAUCAAUUUAAUAUAUCAACUUAAAUAUUAAUGAAAAUGUGUUAAAAAAAAUUCAUCCAAUUUUGAAUUAUAUUGAGGAAAAAACUUUAGAAAUUAAUCUUGAUUACUUUUUCUAACUAUUAAAAUUAUUUCAUAUUAAAUUGGAUUGA